CUACAAAAAUUUAAAAAAAAAACUUCAAAAAGAAAUUUUUUUGAGGCCUAAAAUUGAUUUCCUUUUUACCUUCCAAAUAAUGGAAAAAAUUAUUUCUUGCCCUACAUUGUCCCCUAACAACUCAGCAACAAAAAUAAAUCCGCCUCAGCUUGUAAUAGUAGACCAAGACUAUUUGGACCAACUGUCCGAUCAAUUAAAAUUGUUAAAAAUUGAUGAUUUUACAAUCAACAAAAUUUUGAAAAAAUUCAAACCUAUCAAAAAAGAAGUGAAAUUUGAGCCACAGGAAUGUCAUCAAGUAUUCGAUCCUCAACAACAACAAAAACAACAACCCUUUGUUGGUUAUGAUGGAUUGCUUGAAUUUGCAAUUUCUCAAGUCAAAAAUUGUGGAUAUGGGCAUGUUCUUCCUCCCCUUGCCUUACUAGGAAACAAAAAGUUAGAAAAUUGA